AUGGAUUCCUCGCCUAAUUUCGAGGGCGAUACCGACCACUCAAUGUCGACGGUCCUGCAGUUUCCCCAUACCUCCUCGUCAUCAUCUGGGCAGAACGCACACGUCCUAGAGCAGUCUGCGCAACGGCAACAUGGGCAAAGUCAGAUGACUGGGCAACCGAAAUUCUCCAAUGGACCACAUAUUCGCUCCAGGAUCACGGUUGUAUGCGCAGAGUGCAAGCGACUCAAAUUGAAAUGUGAUCGUCGCACGCCGUGCAGCUCGUGUAUUAAACGCGACACAGUCCAGCGCUGCGUGUACUCGCAAGCAGCAGCUGAAAAGAUAGACGUUCAAUCUCUACAUAACCGCAUCCUGAUCCUGGAAGGCGUAAUCGCACAACUAACGGCGGCUGCACCUUCCACGUCAGUAUCCUCUGCGUUAGGGAAUGUAACUCCGUUCAAAGCACCAUUCAGUUCAUCAUCGUCCGCCCACCACACGUUCAAUAGUACGAGCACGCCACCGGCAAGCACGAGUAACAAUUUGCUCGCGGGCUUGCCAUGCAACGACCGCGCCCUCCUUGCGGUCGGUGCAUCUGGGAGUUCAGUCAUGAUUAGCCUCGAAGACGUGGCUAGUAUUUGGCUUGCCGAGCUUGACGAGCAGGGCCCUGACCAUAAAUCUGUGUCGAAUCCCGACCCGAACGCGGGCUCUGGUCGCCCGUCGACCUCUGCAAUGAGGGUGAAGCUGGAGCCGACACCUGUCAUGAUCCCUCCAGCUCCAUCACACUCUAAUUCGAGAGGGCUCGUCGCGGGUGGACGGGUCAGCUCGGCUGCGUUUGUUCCACCCUUACCGUACGAUAUAUUUCUUCCCUCUUCCUCGGCGCCGACGACGCAUGUCUCGACACCUUCGAACCCGUACCCUCCGGCGUUUUCCCUUACUGGUUCGACCGAGCCGCCACAGGUGACACCAGCCCUCCUCAGUCACCUUCCGUCUUCGCCAAUUCGCACUGGCCUCAUGAAGGCGGUCAACGAAGCAAUGCUGCUCCAUCCGUGUUUCAACAUACGCCAUUUCGAGAAACGGGUAAAAGCUAUGCUCGACUGGGGAGAUGCAGGCCUGUCUAAUCCCUACAGUCUCUCCACUAGUGCCUCGGGCUCUGGCGCAGGGCUGGCUAAUGGACGCACUGGUGUGGAGGAGUAUGCCCGUGACGUUCUCUUCGGAACCCCUUUCUCCCACACCACCAACGGCAAGCCCAAGGCGAAUGGGAAAGACUCGGGACGGGCUCAAGCACAGCAGCAGUCUGGCUCGCCGAAGCCCACGCUCAGCUUCUUCGCCGCAACUUGCUCCGCACUCGCCCUUGGCGCGCUCGUGGAGAGGGGCUGCGAGAGCCAGGCUGCUGAUGUUUUUGUAGACCCGCUGUCGAAUUCAUCCAAUCCUCUCUCGGUGAUAGAUACCGCCGGCAGAGGCACGGACGGCCAGCGCACGUCACCCGCUGCGUUGUUUGCGCUGUCUGAGCAGGCGCUCUCGCUGUUCGAGAAAACGUCUUCGUAUGAUCUUGAUGCGAUGAUGGCGAUGCUACUCCAAGUACUGUUUCAACUUCACGACGGGCAGAUGAAUGUGGCGCAGGGCGUACUUCCGCUGGUCGGGAAGAUGAUCCAGGUUGCGCGCAUAAUGGGCCUCGCCAUUGAUCCUGACGAAUUCCCUGGAACGUACAGUCUCUUCGAGGCGGAGCUACGCAGGAGGAUAUGGUGGUCAGUCUUCUAUUAUGACCUAUUUAUAUCUGACUGCCUGGGUCAUCCCCCUCUGAUCCCGGACAACUCUUUCACGACACGGUUACCUGCUGACGUCGACGAGGACCAGUUUACGCCAUCAUCCACCACACUGCCGAUACUAUCGAACGCCGAGGGGACCGAGAAGGGUACUGCAUAUCUGAUCCUAAAGCUCAGACUCGCUCAACUCGUGAAGAAUAUCAAGAGGCAGAUAUUCAAGGACCCGCUCGGGGAUGACUUCUCAGACUUGUCGCUUGAUCAAGCCGCAACACUCGAGGGUGAGAUCUCGUCGUUCCUCGCUGACCUCCCUCCUGCAUUCCGUCUGGACACGGACCACGACUUGUCGGAUGCCCUACCUCCCCCAUCUUCAGUAUCCCCAGUCCUCAUUGCCCAGAGAUGCGAGCUCGCUAUCCUCGCAAACCGCCUUACCCUGAAGCUCUACCUGCCCUUCCUCAAAGAGUCCUGCGGCUCGUCGUCGCCCAAGCCCUCGCAUCAAGCUGUGUUGGGUACCAUUACCGCUGCGCAUGUGGUCAUCUAUGCAUCGCGACUACUCCAUUCGUUGUGGCGGCACACUCGACCCGCGAUCUUCGACUUCUACGACUUCGGGCGGGCGCUGUUCGACGCUGCUAUCGUGUGUGCGCAUACUGUGAUCCAGCAGCCCUCGUCCAUCUUGGCUGCGGAGGCGAUGAAAGCCGUGUCGUGCGCUUUGGAGGUCAUGCAGGACAUUGACGCUUCAAAAUCGAUCAGCAAAGACGGUGCGAGCGGAAAUGGUAGCAAGAACGAAGCGAUCAGGGUAGUCGAGGUGAUGAAACGUAAGGCGGAAGCUUCGAGAGGCACGCAGUCGAGUGGGAGUGCCAUUGCGGGGUCGAAGAGAAAGCGAUCUGAGCCUGAGUCUGAGUCCCUCUCGUCGGGGUUCCAGCUGCCAUUCGUCGGCCCUGCCGUCGCGUCAACGAAGACCGAUCGCGCAAGGCCCAUGGUGUCUCCCUCUAAGUCGUCGAGUGGAACGCUCAAAGAUGCAUUGAUCGUCAAAACCGAUUCGAAGAGACAGUCAGCGAAGGAGAAGGACAAAGAUAAAGAGAAGGAAAAAGAAAAGGACAAGAACAGGUAUCCUCCUGUAGGAAUACGCGUGCGUCCUAGUCAAGCACAGUCUUCCAGCCGCCAGCGGACAGCUUCGACGUCGACGAUCCCUCCGACGCCUACUGUUCCUUCUUCCAAGGGGCGUGCCAGCGUCCCUACUUCCGCUCCACCCUCCGCCGCAUCUCUUCCCCCACCGACGCGUCCACUGGCAACUCCAGUCCAAGAGUCAUCUGCUAUGCUUGGAUACGAGAACUACGCAUCAUCACGCCCAACGACGCGCGGUGGUCCACCUCUGGAGCCUAUGCAACGUGAGGACUAUACCAUGCAGUACACCACGAGCGAAGACUCGAACGUCAUCGACAGGCGGCGAUACAGCUCACAGUCCUAUGACUCGCCGUCGGCGGCAUCUCUGUUCGACCCUGCAUCCCUCACGCACCCCAGUCCCACGUCAUACAGCACCGGGCCUACACCUCCUGGCUACUACAUGUCGUACGCGCCGACCGCUGGUCCUUCUUCAGGCUACGACAAUUCUCCGCUAGCACAUUCCCAGAGCACGCCGAUCGUCGGCCUCGGGAUCAGUUCGUCUCAAACACCCAUGGACACCUCCGGCAACACGGAAACCGCAAUGUCAAGUGAGCAGCAGUAUUACGGGCACGAGAAACCCCAUUCCUCCUACACUCCGCCGAUGGGCAAAGCCCAUGACUAUCCCCGUUCAAUGACCCAUGAGUACCAGCUAUCAUCCUCUCAGCAUUCUACUGUGCCUGGUUCGCACGUGCAAGGAUGGCAGCAAGCCAGCGCGAGUAGCGAUGGUUGGAACGGUUACAAGCCUUACUACGGAUGA